AUGGCACUCGCCCGCCCGCUCCCUCCGCUAUGGCAAACGCUGCUGCCAGGCCUCAAUGGCCCAAUGCGGCCUGUUCUGAAUUCGCCUUUCCUGCAACGCCUAUCACAGCCUUUCGGAGCACUCAACACACCAUUUGGCGCACUCGCGAUACCCUCGCUAUCGCUCCCUUCAAUACCAUCACUGGCCGAUAUUUGGGAUGGCAUACUCAAUGCGGUGCCCAAGAAGAAGACGUCAUAUCGUAAGAAGCGACAACGGUUCAUGGCGGGCAAGGGACUAAAGGACAUUACGUCGCUGAACACAUGUUCGGGGUGCGGAAGAGUCAAGCGGUUACAUAUCUUAUGUCCCUAUUGCGUGGAUGCCAUCAAGACCAACAUCUUCGGCCAGCUGAACUGGUCCAUCCGCCGACCAACCGAGAAGCAAGCCAAGCAACUGGCUCGGGAGAAACGAGACGAGGCCCGAAGAAUGCGCACUAUGCAGCCUGACCCGCGGAAGGAGAAGGAGGAGCAAAUAUUGAAGCACACAGGCUGGAAGAGAUGA